AUGAUCAGAAUACUUGCCAGUUUAGCUCUUCUAGCUCCGUUUGUUCUCCCAUUCAACUAUAACAAUGCGGGAACUGCCGCUUGUGUUGUUACCAAAAUCAAUGAAGCCUUCGAUAAAGCUGAAGAAAAUGAAGCUAAGAACGCUACAGUACCCCCAAUGCCAAUCCGACCCACUCUUCCAUCCUUCUGUACUGGUGCGGACACCACUAUGUAUAUAUUUGGAGCUUGUACUGUUCAGAAUAAUAAAGUCUACAUUGGUAACGUGAUGGCUCGUGAGCUGGAGGAGAAGGAAAAAGGGAAGCUCGCUGAUUUCGCCAAGAAACUUGCUGCUGUUACGCCGGGAACCGCACCACCAACCGAUAUCUACAAAGGUCUUGAAUUCUGCACGGAACUUUGA